GAGAGAGUGGGGGGGGGAGUGCCUGGACAGAGAUGCACAAAGAGGAAAGAGAGAGAGAGAGAGAGAGAGAGAGAGAGAGAGAGAGAGCUUUUAAGGGAUUUGGCAGUGAUUUGUAGAAUCUCACUGCUGUAAUGUUGCUCUUUUCCUCCACUUUUCUCUGAUUCUGCCAUGAUACUGCACCCUCACAACUCUGUGUUUUCAUUCAGUCUUUAUAAAUCACAACUUCUUCUCUUUUAGACUAUUGUUUUUUCAGUAUUGUUCUGCCUAUUUUUUUGAGAGUGCACAGCGGCUCUCUGAGAUGAUAGAGGAUUUAUUUUGGUGAGGAGAGGAGAGCCUUGCCUCUAGAUAUUAUAAUCCCAUUUCGGACCAUGGAUGGAGGCCUGUUUGGAAGAGCUUGUGUGAUGGAUAAAAUCAUCAGGACCGGUCAAUGAAGAAUGGGCAGGUGUCAAAGGUAGAGGAAGUGGCCUGGCGCUGUCAGUACUUCUGCUGGUCAUCAUCAUGACAUCAGAGGCCCGCUCAUCCCAUCGGUGCUGCUGGCCCAUUUCACCUUCCAGAUACCAAACAUGGCUCCAGCUGCUGUGGGCGCUGCUGGUGGGUAUCAGCCCGGGCUCCUGGGCCCAGCAGGGCACCCAGCCCCAGUCCAUCAAAAUCGAGGGCGACCUCACCCUGGGUGGGCUGUUCCCCGUUCACUCUCGGGGCCCCGCCGGCAUGGCCUGCGGGGACAUCAAGAGAGAGAAGGGGAUCCAUCGAAUGGAGGCCAUGCUGUACGCCUUGGACCAGAUCAACAGCGACCCGGACCUGCUGCCUAACAUCACCCUGGGGGCCCGGAUCCUGGACACCUGCUCCAGAGACACCUACGCCCUGGAGCAGUCGCUCACCUUCGUCCAGGCCCUCAUCCAGAAGGACACCUCGGACGUGCGCUGCUCAAACGGAGAGCCGCCCAUCAUCCCGAAACCGGAGAGGGUGGCCGGGGUGAUCGGGGCGUCCGGAAGCUCCGUGUCCAUCAUGGUGGCCAACGUGCUCCGAUUGUUCGCGAUCCCCCAGAUCAGCUACGCCUCCACCGCCCCGGAGCUGAGCGACAACAGCCGCUACGAGUUCUUCUCCCGCGUGGUGCCUCCCGACUCCUACCAGGCACAGGCGAUGGUGGACAUAGUCAAGGCCAUGGGCUGGAACUACGUCUCCACGCUGGCCUCUGAGGGCAACUACGGAGAGAGCGGCGUGGACGCUUUCCUCCAGAUAUCCAGAGAAGCAGGAGGGCUGUGUAUUGGACAGUCCAUAAAGAUCCCCAGAGAGCCCAGACCAGGAGAGUUCGAGAAGAUCAUCAAGAGACUGAUGGAGACCUCUAAUGCUCGCGGGGUCAUCAUCUUUGCCAACGAGGACGACAUCAAACGGGUGUUGGAGUCUGCCAAAAAGGCCAACCUGACAGGCCACUUCCUGUUUGUUGGCUCCGACAGUUGGGGGGCCAAAAGCUCCCCCAUUGAAGACCAGGAGGAUGUGGCUGAGGGCGCUGUCACCAUCCUGCCCAAAAGAGCUUCUAUUGAUGGGUUCGACCAGUACUUCACUUCAAGAUCUCUAGAAAACAACAGGAGAAACAUCUGGUUUGCAGAAUUCUGGGAGGACGACUUCAAGUGCAAACUGACCCGCCCGGGCAUAAAGUAUGAACUUGGUAGAAGAAAAUGUACAGGCGAAGAAAGAAUCAGUCAACACUCUCAGUACGAACAGGAGGGCAAGGUGCAGUUUGUGAUUGAUGCUGUGUACGCCAUGGCCCACGCCCUACACAGCAUGCACCUGGACCUGUGUCCCGGCUUUAUGGGCGUCUGCGAGAAGAUGGACCCUGUGGAGGGACGAGAUCUGCUCCAAUACAUUCGCUCUGUCAGCUUCAAUGGCAGCGCAGGAACUGGAGUGAUGUUCAAUGAGAAUGGAGACGCUCCCGGUCGUUACGACAUCUUCCAGUACCAGCUGUCUAAUGUCAGCAACCCCGGGUACAAGGUUAUCGGCCAGUGGACAAACCACCUUCGCCUCAAUUCGGAGGAGAUGCAGUGGUCAGGUGGUGACCGUAAGAUCCCCGAGUCGGUGUGCAGUUUCCCGUGCGAGUCUGGAGAGAGGAAGAAGAUGGUGAAGGGCGUCCCCUGCUGCUGGCACUGCGAGCUCUGCGAUGGCUACCAGUACCUGCUGGACGAGUUUUCCUGCGACAUGUGCCCCUUCGACAUGAGGCCCUUAAGGAACCGCACGGGCUGCCGGGACACGCCCAUCAUCAAGCUGGAGUGGAGCUCUCCCUGGGCCAUCAUCCCCGUCUUCCUGGCCAUCCUGGGCAGCCUGGCCACCCUCGGAUGCAUCGCCACCUUCAUCCGCUUCAACGACACACCCAUCGUUCGGGCCUCCGGCAGAGAGCUCAGCUACGUGUUGCUGACGGGCAUCUUCCUCAUCUACUUCAUCACCUUUCUCAUGAUAGCUGAGCCCAGCGUAGCCGUGUGCGCCUUCCGCAGGCUGCUGCUGGGGCUCGGUAUGUCCAUCAGCUACUCCGCCAUGCUCACCAAGACCAACCGGAUCUACCGCAUCUUCGAACAGGGCAAGAAGUCGGUCACGCCCCCGAAGUUCAUCAGUCCCGGCUCUCAGCUGAUUAUCACCUUUAUCCUCAUCGGAGUGCAGUGCCUCGGUGUGUUCAUCUGGUUUGGUGUGAUGCCCCCCCACACCAUCAUCGACUACGAGGAGCAGAAGCCUCCAAACCCAGAGUUCGCCCGCGGCGUCCUCAAGUGUGACAUGUCCGACCUGUCCCUCAUCCUGUGUCUGAGCUACAGUAUCGUGCUGAUGAUCACCUGCACCGUGUACGCCAUCAAGAGCAGAGGAGUUCCUGAGACCUUCAACGAGGCCAAACCCAUCGGCUUCACCAUGUACACCACCUGCAUCAUCUGGCUGGCCUUCGUACCGAUCUUCUUCGGCACGGCGCAGUCUACGGAGAAGAUGUUCAUCCAGACCACCACCCUGACCGUGUCCAUGAGCCUGAGCGCCACCGUGUCCCUGGGCAUGCUCUACAUCCCCAAAGUCUACGUCAUCAUCUUCCACCCGGAGCAGAACGUCCAGAAGAGAAAACGCAGCUUAAAAGCCGUGGUGACGGCGGUCACCGCGUCCACUCAACUGUCCCAGAAGUCCAACGACAAACAGAACGGAGAGUCCAAGCCCAAGAUCGUGCCGGACAGAUCACAGUGAAACAAAUGAAACUUCAUCACAAGCCCACACGGAGAGACGGCUGAUGACAAAUCAGCAUUUAGUUUUGGCUUGAUUGUUUUUCAUUUCUCCCCUUUAUUAUGGAUUGAAAGAACAGCAAAGACGUUCCUGGAUGUUGUUUCUUCUCACACGUAUUUAGAUCUACUAAACCUGGAAUGAGGCACUAGAGGAAACGGAAAUGCUCACCCUUAAGAUGAACAGCUUUUUAGUACACCUACACCACAACUGGAAGGAUGUUGAGCCGUCCUGAGUGGACUGACUUAAUUUCUUCUUUUGUAACAUCCACAUAUACGCCUCACCUUGACGAGAUGUUGUUAGUUUUAACUUUCCCUGGAAAUGCUGUUAAGGAAAAAAAAAAUAGUUUAAACGCUGACCUUUGCCCUGCAGGAAGAUGUACAUGUAUGUGGAAUCCCUCGGGGUCAAUGAAGCGUUGUUUCCUGGCUCCAGAAGCACUGCAUGGAUUGUGUGUUUUACAAGUGUACAUGAAUGUUUUUGAAAUAUUGUUCUUAUGGGGCGUUGUGACGUUUUCUUCUGAUUGCACUGGAAGGAACUAGCUUUUAAAAUGCACCACGUCCUGUUACAGUCCCUGAUAAAGUCCCCCAGGGAGGUGUAAUUAAUCACUUUACUAUAAUCACUCACAGCAGAGCCGUUCAACGUCCAAUCACUAAUGCAACGAAGCAUUUUAUUUAAAUUAGUGUCAUUAUUAAGGUACACAAUGUUUUUUUAUUGUGGAAACUGUAAACCCAUGGGUGCAAACAGGAUACUAGUGAUUAUGAGCAGGAUAUUUAUGUUCUACCUGGUACUUUUACUUCUCCACAGUAGAAAACAAUGUUCGGCAUUUCCCCAUAUUGUUUGUCAAAAUAUCAAGCAAUCUCCUCGAAGGCCAAACCACUGUUUUGUUCACGCAUGGGAACCUCGUCAGAAAGCUUCCCGUCAUCGGUGGUAUUUUUUUUUUAUGCCAUGAAAGGUCCUCUAUCACUACAAGUUCUCAUCUCUGCAAACACAAUUUAAUUUAACAACAGUCCCUUAUUUGCCAGAAUAUGAUUUGCAGUGUUCCUUUUGUUACUUGAUCACAACGUUCAACUCAGGUUUUACUGAAGGUGUUUCAAAUAAGUUUUUCUUGAGGAUUUCCUUCUGUUCUGGCGCAGCCUUUUUUUAAUACAAAUUGAUUCAGCAGCUACCACGUG